ACGUCAGCCAGAUUGACAUUGACAUGCACGAAAGUGCUUGCGUAUUGUUAAAAUAAUUCGGCAAUAUUUUUAGAGAAAAUAAAUUAUAAUUACGCUAUAGUUGUCCUUAAAAUGUUGACAAAGUUUGAGACAAAGUCGGCGCGGGUAAAAGGAAUUUCAUUUCAUGCUAAACGUCCAUGGGUCUUAGCUAGUUUACACAAUGGUGUAAUUCAGCUGUGGGAUUAUCGUAUGUGUACUCUGUUGGAGAAAUUUGAUGAACACGACGGGCCUGUUCGUGGGAUCUGCUUCCAUAUUCAACAGCCGUUAUUUGUAUCUGGAGGCGAUGACUAUAAAAUCAAGAUUUGGAAUUACAAGCAAAGGAGAUGCCUUUUCACCCUCUUAGGACAUUUGGAUUAUAUUAGGACUACAUUCUUUCACCAUGAGUACCCUUGGAUUCUGAGUGCUUCAGAUGAUCAGACUAUUCGGAUUUGGAACUGGCAAUCCCGGCAAUGCAUAAGUGUUCUCACAGGCCAUAACCACUAUGUGAUGUGUGCACAAUUCCACCCUACUGAAGAUCUACUUGUGUCUGCUUCAUUGGACCAGUCAGUCCGUGUUUGGGACUUCUCAGGAUUGAGAAAAAAAAGUGUGGCUCCUGGACCUAGUGGCCUGGCUGAUCAUUUGAGGAACCCACAGGCGACUGAUUUGUUUGGACAGGCAGAUGCAGUAGUCAAACAUGUAUUAGAAGGCCAUGACAGAGGAGUAAACUGGGCAGCAUUCCACCCUAAAUUACCAUUAAUAGUUUCUGCUGCAGAUGACAGACAAGUCAAGCUGUGGAGAAUGAAUGAUGCUAAGGCAUGGGAGGUAGACACAUUCCGCGGUCACUACAACAACGUAUCAUGCGCACUUUUCCACGCGAGAAACGAGCUUGUAGUGUCCAAUAGUGAGGACAAAUCAAUUCGAGUAUGGGACUUGCCGAAAAGGGUUUGCAUGAAUACAUUCCGACGCGAGCAUGAACGCUAUUGGGUGCUAUCGUCACAUCCAACAUUGAACUUGUUUGCAGCGGGUCACGACGCCGGUAUGAUUCUCUUCAAGCUGCGAAGAGAAAGACCAGCAUAUGCUGUUCAUAAUAACAUGCUGUUCUAUAUUAAAGAAAGACAAUUGCGUAAACUGGACAUGCAAACGAACAAAGAUUCCCCGGUAAUGGAAAUCAAGGGUAGCGGAAGGUUUCAACCACACAGUAUGUCGCUAAACCACGCUGAGUUUAGCAUGUUACUCACGUGGCGCAUUGGAGAUAAUUGGACGUACGAAUUGUACCAAGUCCCAAGGGAAGGGGGCGAUGCGACAUCAGAGCCAGAGAAGGGACAGGCGACCGCUGCCGUUUGGAUCGCCAGGAAUCGCUUUGCCGCGCUAGAGAAGAAUAAUCAGUUGAUUAUCAAAAACCUAAAGAACGAAGCAUCAAAGAAGACAGCGACUCCCAACUGUGAUGAAAUAAUGUAUGCGGGAACUGGUAUGCUGUUCUUGCGAGAACCAGAGUGCGUACAAUUAUUGGAUGUGCAACAGAAGACGAUUGUUGGUUCUGUAAAAAUCCCAAAAUGCCGUUACGCAAUAUGGAACUCUGAUAUGACGUUAGUCGCAUUCAUAAGCAAGCACACAGUGUCCAUUUGCACAAAGAAACUUCAGCAUUUGUGCACAGUGACAGAAGGUGCUAGAGUAAAAUCUGGUGCGUUUGAUGACUCCACCCCUCAGCCAGUGUUUAUAUACACUACGUCUAACCACAUUAAGUACUGCUGCAAAGAUGGUGACUUCGGCAUAAUACGAACACUGGAUGUGCCCGUAUACGUAGUGAAAGUGAUGCCGCAAGAGGGCGCAGCCAAAGUUGUUUGUUUGGAUCGUGAGGCGAGACCAAAAAUACUUACAAUCGAUCCCACGGAAUAUAGGUUUAAACUGGCUCUAGUGACGCGUCAAUACGAUCAAGUACUACACAUGGUACGAACGGCCAAGUUGGUGGGACAGAGCAUCAUUGGCUACUUGCAGGAGAAAGGUUACCCAGAAGUGGCACUACAUUUUGUAAAAGACGCCCGUACGCGUCUGUCUUUGGCACUGCAAUGUGGGAACAUCGAAGUCGCGUUGGAAGCGGCUAAGAGCAUAGACGAGCCAGAUGCGUGGGACCAGUUGGCCAAAGCCGCACUUGCUACUGGUAAUCAUCAGAUCGUAGAAAUGUGUUACCAACGCACAAAGAACUUUGACAAGUUGUCAUUCCUGUAUUUGAUUACUGGCAACCUCGAAAAGCUACGGAAGAUGAUGAAAAUCGCGGAAAUACGCAAAGACGUGUCUGCGCAGUUCCAGGGCGCACUUUUACUUGGAGACGUCAAAGAGAGAAUAAGACUGUUGAAGAAUGCCGGACAGUUAUCCCUGGCCUACCUAACGGCUAUAAACUUCAAGCAAAAUGAUGAAGCGGAACAAUUAAAAGCGGCGUUAGAAACUGCCGGUUUGCCCAUCCCGGAACCAAACCCUAAAGCGAGGGGUCUGCACCCACCGCUACCCGUAGUGCGUGCACAGAGUAACUGGCCUUUAUUGGCUGUCUCUAAGAGUUUCUUUGAAGUGGCGGCAGCCUCUAGGGCAGGUACCAGCGGAGAAACAAGCGGAGUGGCGGGCGUUGCAGCGGACGUCGAGGAGCCCCUUGAGGCCGGAGGAGCAUGGGGAGAUGACGAUGAAAAUGAGGAAGGCGAAGAAGGCGAACCGGUAGAAGACGUGGGUGAGGAUGGAGGCUGGGACGUUGAAGAUGAAGACCUAGAACUGCCCGAAGAACUGGCACCAGUAUCAGCGGAUAUAGAUGGCGCUGACGACGGCCAGUACUUUGUGGCUCCGACGCGAGGUGUAUCAAUAGCAAUUGGCGGAAAGCUGAAGACCGCUCAUGAUUUCGUCACUACCGGACAAUUCGAAAUCGCAUUCAGAUUACUAAACGAACAAGUUGGUAUAGUGAAUUUCGAGCCAUACUCCGAGACAAUGUUGUCCAUGUACUCCUGUGGUCGCGUCAUGUUCAGUGCUCUUGCGUCGUUGCCUCCUUUACAAGCGCACCUGCAUCGGAAUUGGAAGGAAGCCAGUGGCAAGGACUUGCUACCCGUUAUCACCGCUAAACUAAAUGACCUAGUGAGCCAACUCCAACAAUGCUACCAACUAACGACUAGUGGAAAAUUCACGGAGGCCGUGGAACGCUUACAAAGGGUCGUUAGACUUGUUCCACUACUGUUGGUCGAUAGUAAACAGGAGUUGGCUGAAGCACAACAAUUGCUGGCGAUCAGCCGGGAAUAUCUACUUGGACUUCAGAUGGAAACCGCUAGGAAAGCAAUGCCGAAGAACACGUUGGAGGAACAAAAGCGCACAUGUGAAAUGGCCGCGUACUUCACUCAUUGCAAACUUCAGCCCGUACAUCAGAUAUUGACCCUCAGAACUGCUCUUAAUAUGUUCUUCAAGCUGAAGAACUACAGAACUGCCGCCUCCUUUGCCAGGAGAUUGUUGGAACUGGGCCCGAGGCCAGAAGUAGCUCAGCAGGCCAGGAAGAUAUUGCAGGCUUGCGAGAAGACGCCCACAGAUGAACACCAAUUACUAUAUGAUGAGCACAACCCCUUCAGUAUUUGUGGUAUUAGCUAUCUUCCCAUAUACAGAGGGAAACCGGAAGAAAAGUGCCCCCUCUGUGGGGCAAGCUUCCUCCCCGAACACAAGGGCAAACUUUGCACCGUUUGUGGAGUUGCAGAAGUGGGGAAAGAUGCGUUGGGGCUACGAAUCUGCCCCCUUCAGUUCCAGAGAUAGAUUAUAUUGUAUGCCUAUUUUGUAAGAUUUAUUAUGAAUAAUAUAUUUAGCAAUU